AUUCAACAAUUGAACACUAUACAUUUCUAUAAUUCUAUUCCCAUUACCCAAAUCUAUAAAAUUUUGUUUAGUGUUUACUUAUUAAAGAUAUUUCACUAUUAUUUAUUUGUUACUUCUCUCCGUCCUUUUUCAACCUGAUUACUUUUUGUAUUAAAAUUUAAAAUAUCUAAUUUUGUCAUCAAAUAUGGCUGACGCUUUUGACAAACUUCGUAUGAUGGAAGACGAAAUGAACAAGUUUGAAGAAGAAAUUGGGAUACCCAAUUAUAUGGAUGGAACACCUGGUGCUCAAUCAUACAGUAAUUCUGAUAAUUAUUCAAUGAUGGGACAACAAAAUACUAUUGCUUCUCAAGGAUAUAAUAAUAUGCGACCGUCGUUCUCUAACAACCAAAUGCUAUUACAGCAACCUCAACGGAGAUUUAAUGUUAAAGUAGACAAAACAAUUGGUCCUGUUAUUCUCAGUGGUGCUCCUAAAUUGUAUACAUCUAAACCUGAACCACCUCAACUUCCUUCAAAUGAUUUGAUGAUUAAAGCAGAAGACAUAUUAAAAAUGACAACAAGUAUCAAUCCGUUAAAAAAAGAAUCUAAGAAGUCACAACCCUCAAUAUUGCCUGGUAAAGAAAUGGCAGAGGCUGUUAAAGCAACAUCUAAAACAGUUGUUGUGUCGGCUGGAGGUAAUGCUGUUGCCGCAGCUGAAUGUGCUGCCUCAAUCCCAAAUCAAUCUGCCAAGAGCAAAGGAAAAAAAAAUAAGAAGUUUAUACGAACUUCUGGAGGACAGGUAUGGGAAGAUCAAACACUAUCUGAAUGGGAUGAAGAUGAUUUUCGAUUAUUUUGUGGAGAUUUAGGAAAUGAUGUCACUGAUGAAUUAUUAGCUCGAACGUUUAGUCGAUAUCCUUCAUUCCAAAAAGCGCGUGUAGUACGUGAUCGGCGAACAAUGAAAACCCGAGGUUUUGGAUUUGUAUCAUUCAAAGACCCAGCAGACUUUAUUAGGGCUACAAAAGAACUCAAUGGUCGAUAUGUGGGCAGUAGGCCAAUAAAACUGCGGAAGAGUAUGUGGAAAAAUAGAAGUUUGGAGGUAACUAAAAAGAAGGAAAAAGAAAAGGCUGCACUCAUUAAUUUACUAACUGGUCAAUCUUCAUAACAUUUUUUUUUAUUCUUACCAUAGAAGUAAACUAUUUAAUAUUUCACCAACAUUUUAGCUGAUAAUAUACUUUUAUUUUAUUUUUCCUUUUCAAUAAGAUCUUGCUGUUAUGGUUUAAAAAUAAAAAUGUAUAAAGCAAUUAUGUGUUCUUCAAUUAGAUGAAUAAAAUUACGUAUUCUUUAAGUAUUGAAAAUAAGUUUGUAGUUCAAAUUAGUACCGAUCGGGCCUAAUCAAUUUACAGUAAGCUUAAAUAUAUUCUCUCACGAGAGAAAGGUAUUGCGUCUACAAAA